CUGCGCGUCUUCUACCUCGCCGCGUCGUUUCUCGUCCUGCUUCUGCAGGCUGUUCCUGCCCUUCGCACCCGCUUCCUGCCCUAUGGCUCGCGUGCAACAUCGCCAAAGCCCGCUCAGUCUGGGCAUGCUUCCAUCGCCAGCCAGCUCCUCGACUAUGCCGCAUCCAUCCAGGUCCCCCACAACUACUUCACCCACUUCUACAUCAUCUCCGUGUCCUGCUCACUGUUCUGGGGCUACAAGCUGCAAUUGUGGUCCGCUAGUGCGCAACUGCAGGUAGUAUGGUCUCUCAUGCUGCUCCAAGGCGUGCGUCGCAUGCUGGAAUCCCAUGUCUACACGUCGAGCAGCAAAAGCAACAUGUGGUUCGUACACUGGCUGCUGGGACUCGUCUUCUACCUCAGCAUAAACGUAGCCAUCUGGAUUGAAGGUCCUGACAACAGCCUUGGAGAGAUGGGGUGGAAAACAGCCGUCUUGGUGCCAGCAAUUCUAACCGCGCACAUGGGCCAGCACUCAUACCAUGCCUACCUUUACCGCCUGAGAAGUGCAAACAUGGGAUAUCAAUUACCCUCACACCUGCUGUUCCCCAAUCUUCUGUGUCCACACUACACGUGCGAGGUGGCCAUCUACGCCCUGUUGUCGUUCCUAGCCGCACCAGACGGCAGGUGGGUGAGUUGGACGCUGCUAUGUGCGACGAUCUUCGUGGCCAUAAACCUCGGCGUCACAGCGAUGGGAACAAAGAAGUGGUAUGCGGAGAAGUUUGGCGUUGAGAAGGUGCGUCCUAGGAGGAGGAUGGUACCUUGGGUAUGGUAG